GAGACUUUUUUCACCAGUGCACUGCUACAACGCCGCCAAUUACCAUUCCCAUCUGUUGGCUGCCCUUCUCCCUGCUGCUCUCCCUGUCCAUGGCUGCCUUGCUGGGAUCUGUGUUCCUCCUGGUCCUACAGACAUAUGCUGCCCCUCCAGAGUUUAUCCAGAUGUGGCCCAGUGUGCCAACCUCAGGCCCUGGAUAUCUGGCUAAUGAGACGGUCACCCCCUCGCUGGUGCCCCCACCUGGCACCAGCAAGCACCUCCCUCACAGCAUCAUUAUUGGUGUGCGUAAAGGUGGCACGCGUGCGCUUCUGGAGAUGCUGGAUAUUCACCCUGAAGUAGCAGCAGCAGCUACUGAAGUUCACUUCUUUGACUGGGAUGAAAACUACGCUAAGGGCCUAGAGUGGUACCGUGACCUUAUGCCGUAUUCAUAUCCUCACCAGAUCACCAUCGAAAAGACUCCAGGCUAUUUCACCUCACCUUCAGCUCCAGCUCGUAUCCGUGCCAUGAACUCCUCAAUCAAGCUCCUGCUCAUCUUGAGAGACCCGGUGGAGAGAGUCAUCUCGGAUUACACGCAAGUGUACUUCAACCGGCUGGAGAACCACAAGCCUGUGCAUGCCAUAGAGGACAUGCUGGUCAGGAACGGGGCUCUUAACACACGGUACAAGGCCAUUCAGCGUAGUCUCUACGAUGUGUAUAUGAGGAACUGGCUCCUGCACUUUCCGCUGGAACAGAUCCACAUUGUGGAUGGGGACAUGCUGAUUCAUAACCCCUUGUCAGAGCUGCAAAAGGUGGAGAAUUUCCUGGAGCUGCAGCCACGGAUAGUGGCCUCCAACUUCUACUUCAAUCAGACCAAGGGCUUCUACUGCAUCCGCAGCGAUGGCAGAGAAAGGUGCCUGCACGAGUCCAAAGGGCGACCUCACCCUCCUGUGAACAGCACUGUUCUGGAGCAGCUCCGCUCCUACUUCCGCCAGCACAACCACAAUUUCUACCAGCUGGUCAGACGCACGUUUAACUGGGGCUAGUGCAGGGGAAUAGCUGAGCCUGUCCUAGCUUCCUUGCCAGUAGUAAAGGUUCUGUGCCAUCUAAUAAGGUUAUUGGUUGAUUAUCAGUAAUGUUGAACAAGGAUGCAGAUGGAUGCCUUUGAACUCCUAUUGUGACUGCGAAAUAACUUUGCAAUGAGAAAAUUGUAAUCAUUUAAGAAAAUAAUUUAACAAAUAAUUUAUAAAUGAAUAUGUACAGUGGGAGCAUCCCAGAGCUUUGAUCCUCUAUACUAUCAGCAAGUUCCUGAAGGGAGACUGAAGCAAACAUUUUUGUGAACUCAUGGGCCUUUUUUUUUU